AUGGAUGAUGACUUCCUGAGAGCGGUAAAUAAAUUCAAUGCGAAUUUGGGGAUUCACAAGAAGAGUUCUGUUAGGGAUAUGAGUGAGAAAAAAGAAAAAAAGGAAAAGGUUGAUGAUGAAAAUGCGAAUAAGCUGAAAGAAGACUUGGAGCUACAUUAUAUACACAACUCGAACAACAAAAUAUGCCAAAAGUUUUUGACUCUUCCCUUGAGCGCCAAACCGGACAGGCUGAAUAGCCACUCGGAUAAGGUCAUCCUGCCAGUGUCCAUCUUGAAGACACUCGAGAAGGGAUUCUACAAAAGCGAAGUGGAGUUCCCCUACACCUUCAGCCUAAAGAACGUACAAAACAACUACAUCACGCAUGUGUGCGUUUUAGAGUUCAGCUCAAAUGAAGGAAUCAUACACGUAUCAGAAAAUGUAAAAGAAAACUUAGGAAUUAAGCAAAAGAGUGGAAUAGUACGAUUAUUAGUAACCUAUGCAAAUAUACCAAAAUGUGAUUUUAUCAAAUUUGAAUCUUUAAAUGAAAAUACAAGAAAUAUCAAGUUUAUGAAAAAUUUACUACAAAAUGAGUUGAACUUAAAUUAUAGUACAUUAACCUUGGGGGAUUACGUCCAUAUUAACAACUUAAGUUUCUACAUAAGUGAAUUAGAACCAGAUAAUGCCGUUUCGCUAAUCAAUACUGACAUCACCGUCGAUAUAUGUGAAAGGAAAAAUGCAACAGAAAAAAAAGACGAAUCUUCGAAUUGCCUGAACGACUUUUAUGAACCCAUAAAUACUACAGAUGUGACUAUUAAUAGUACUAUUAAAAAAGGAAUGAAGAAAUAUAAAUACUUUUUCCACUACUCUGUUUUGGAUUUGCUCAAGAAAGAUAAAAUUGAAAUAAAAAUUUCACUCCAUUCAAGUGGUCCAACUAACAAUAUAGACUUGUACGUGUCCUUUCCUCCGUACGAUUCUGUUUCUGAUGUACUGUACCAUUUGCACUUUGAUGAUUUUAGUAAAGACAUCACCAUAAAUAGGGAUCUCAUGACCAAAUCCUUGAUGUUACACUUUGUCUGCUUUGCGAAGGAGCCUAGCGAUGGCGACACAGACGAGGUGAAAAGAGGAGACAACUCGCUAUGUAUAUCUCAGCUCGAGAAUGACCCCUUCCUUGAAUACCUAUAUGACCAAUAUUUCCCUCACUUAAUGUACAUUGCCAUUUCGUGUUCGGCGGAAACGGAGGUGCAGUACACUUUAUCGAUGAAAGUAAUCACUGAAAGUGAGAUGGAAACACCUAAAGGGCACGGAACAGAGGGCAAGUGUAACCCCCUCACUUCCAGUACAGCUAUUAAGCCAACCGAAAUUGCGAGUAGCGCUCACAAGUUUAUAAAAUGUAACAAUUGCCUGAAAGACAUUCUUGAAAAUAACCUGAGCAUGCAUCAAAUUCAUUGCGUAAAAAAUAUUUCCCUAUGUAAUAUAUGCAAAAGGUGUUUCCAAAAGAAGGAUAUUUUAAAUCAUAUUCAUUGUAAGAUAUGUAAUGAAGGCAUAAGUACGUCCAACAGAGAAAAACAUAACUACACGUGGCACACAAAAAUAAAAUGUGCAUGUGAGAAAUAUUUUUAUAAAAAACAAUUUAUUUUCCAUCAAGCUUUAUUCUGUCCAAAGAAAAUUAUCUUCUGUUCCUACUGUAACGUAUUUACAACAUCCUCCACAAGCGUCUACAAUGAAGAUUAUAUUUUGGCAAAUUUUCUUGACAAAUUUGAUGACCAAGAAAAUUUUACGUCCAAAUCGGUCCCGUAUUAUAUGCACUUAAUACAUACGAACUUUUCGUAUUUUGUUAAAUAUAUUAAUCACACGGAACAUGAAAAAUACUGCGGAUCCAAGUCUGCCAUUUGUAUAUUUUGCAAAACUAACAUGCACAGGAACAGGUACUUGGCUCAUUUAAUGUUUUUCCAUGACAAGGAUAAGAAGGAGGCCUUUACCCUUAUCAAUGAAAAUUUAGAAGCUUAG